AACCUAGAGUGUAUUUUGCUAUAUCACUUCCAGUAAUACCAUUAAUAAAUUUUGAGAUGGAUUAUUCAACAGAAUAAAAGUUUAAUAGAUUAACACGACUUCAUAGAUAUAACUUGGUAAAAUUUGUGGUAAAAGAUUAGCUCAAUUUCAAUCAAAUUGAGUUCAAUGCAGAAACGAUAUUAUCCAGGCUUGUCAGAUGGAUAAUAUGUUGAGUUGCAAAUUUCAUUAAAAUCAAUAUGUAUCAUUUAAGUGCUAAUUUUUAUGAAUCUUAUUCGUUAAUAGUAUGUGAAUAAUAAUUUGAUGGAUAUCCAUAGCUUUUAGGAGUUUAGAUGUACAGACUUUGGAUGAAGUGUUGACGACAAAGUUAGAACUCCUAGCCUCUAACAUCAUCUCUUCUAUAUAAUCAGCUUAGGCCUGUAGUCAUGCUAUUAAUCAAUUACUGGUGCACUUUUUCUUCUAUUUUGUCUAUGUGUGGGAAUGACACAUCUAUCUAUGUGUUCACAAAUGUUCUAAGAGAGACAAAGUGGUCGCCGAAAACCUUCUCUAAAUAUUUUGGAUCCCUGAUCUUGAAUGACCGAUGUAUAUUUUCAUAAAAGGUUGUCUGGCUAGCAGGAUGGUAUGUGGCAGUAGUGAAGUUAUACAAUGCCCAGAAUGCACUGGUAGUUUAAGAUAUAACAUACUCUCCUUCAUGAGGCAACUUUUGUAAUGUUUGGGGUGCCAUGGAAGUUGAAGACUGAAAUGCGUAACAGUUUCUCUUGCAUAUCUCAUGCUGUGUUGUCUCGCUGCAGAGAUGGUUGAAGAUGUGGACCUUUUGGUCAGAAGGGCAGAGAGAUGCUUAGAAGCUGGGGCAGACAUGAUAAUGAUCAACGCUGAUGAUUUAUGCAGGCAGGCUGAUUCGCUACGGUCAGACAUGGUUGCAAAGAUUGUGGGUCGUCUUGGACUUGAGAAAACUAUGUUUGAGGCAUCAAGUCCUAAAAUCUCUGAGUGGUUUAUCAAACGUUAUGGUCCAAAGGUUAAUCUUUUCGUGGAUCACUCACAAGUGAUGGAUCUGGAAUGCCUCAGAGGACGCAACCUGGGUCAAAACCACUCAUCCCUACUUGGCAGGUCAUAUUUUCUGCUCUGAUCUUGUCGCAUCCAUAGAGAAAAACGCGCAUAUUGUGGCACCCAUUAACGUAAUGCGUUGGUGGUCAUCUGUUGAGGUCAUGUAUAAAUGAAAAAAGAAUGUAUUUCAUGUAUGUACUGUAAUGAUUUUGGAGACUCUUCUCUUUGCAUGAAGUUCAGCUGCUUGUAAAGAUACUCUUUUAUGUUCUAAUGCCUAAUGGACUGAAAGUUAACAAAUCUUGAAAGAUUGA